UUAUAGACCCAUUGCUCUUACCUCUACAUUAUGUAAAUUAAUGGAAAAAUGAUUGUGAGGCGAAUGAAUUACAUUUUAGAGAAAAGAGAAUUGUUAUCAACAUUUCAAAGUGGUUUUAGGAAAAGUAGGUCUACGGCAGAUGCUUUAGUAUUGUUUGAAAAUGAAGUUAAAAAAGCAUUUGUAAUGAAAGAGUACAUGAUUGCAGUCUUCUUUGACAUAGAAAAGGCUUAUGACACUUUGUGGAGGGAAGGUUUGCUAAUUAAACUGAAUAAAAUUGGAAUAGGUGGCAAAUUUUAUAAUUGGGUUUUAGAUUUCCUAUUUGAACGCACUUUUCAGGUGAAAAUUGGGGAAGAAUUAUCAGCUCCUUAUAACAUUCUAAAUGGAACUCCACAGGGUAGUGCAAUUAGCCCAUUAUUGUUUAAUUUAAUGAUCAAUUAUGUUUUUGAUAAAGUUAAUAGACCAGGAAUAGGAUUGGCUUUUUAUGCAGAUGACGGAGCAUUAUGGAAGAGAGGCUGUAAUAUUAAAAAUGUGGUUAAAGGUAUACAGGAGUCAAUUAAAGAAGUGGAAAAAAUGGUCAUUGGAUUGGGGUCUAAAGUUUUCAGUCUCAAAAACACAAUAUAUGCUAUUCACAAAGAACAGGAGGAAUGAACAUUUAGUUCUGAAGUUGUAUGAUCAAACAUUGGAAAGAGUACCUGUUUUUAAAUAUCUUGGAUUAUGGUUUGAUGGAAAAUUAACAUGGAAUUGUCAUAUCAGUAAAAUUGAGUCAAAGUGUAAAAAAAUCUUAAAUUGCAUGCGUACGGUUGCUAGUCACAACUGGGGAGCUAGCCGUAGUGCAUUGUUGUGCAUGUAUCAAGCAUUGAUUCGUUCUUGCUUUGAUUAUGGAUGUAUUGUGUAUGGUUCGGCAUCCAAGUCUUUACUGAAGAAAUUAGAUAUAAUUCAAUCCAAAGCAUUAAGAAUAUGUUGUGGAGCAGUUAAAACAUCCCCUGUGGAUGCAAUUGGAGUAGAAAUGGGAGAGAUGCCUCUAGAUAUUAGAAGGGAAAAACUGGCAAUUACAUACUGGGUAAAUCUUCAACAAUCAGCAAAUAAUCACCUUACUCGCAAAGUAUUGGAGGAGUGCUGGGAAUACUCAUAUGAUGGAGGACACAGUUUUGGAUGGAAGAGCAGAGUAUGGGCCAAGGAAUGUUGCAUGGACAAUAUAUCUUCUGUCCCAAUAUACCACUUACUGAUACUCCACCAUGGAAAGUCCCUGAACCGCUAGAUUUGAGUUUACUAAACAAGUCCAAAGAGGAGUACAUUGGAAAUGAGAUUAAUGCUUUUUUAAAUAACACAUUUUAUUCAGUGUUACAAAUAUUUACAGAUGGUUCAAAGGAACCUAUCAGUCAAAAGGUUGGAUUAGGAGUAUAUAUUCCACAUUUUAAAAAACAGAUUAGUUUGAGGUUGACUGAUGAGAUGUCCGUGUACACUGCAGAGUUAACGGCUAUAAUAAUAGGACUACAGUGGGUUGAACAAGUCAGACCAAAUAAAGUAGUAAUAUGUUCAGAUUCUUCUUCGGUUUUAAGUAGUAUAGUACAUGCAAGAUCAGACAGAGAAGAUUUAUUAAUGGAAGUAUAUGUAUCAUUAUACAGACUGAAAGAGGUUGGAGUAGUGGUGUAUUUUUGUUGGGUACCAGCACAUGUUGGGGUAUCUGGUAAUGAAGUUGCUGAUAAACUAGCAAAAAAAGCACUAGACAAGAGGGAGGUGGAUGUUAGAGUAUGGGGAAAAGGGAGGCAAAAUCGAUUUUAAAGAGAAAGUUAAUGAAUAAGUGGCAAAUUAGAUGGGAUAGUAGUAGCAAAGGGAGAUGGUGUUAUAGUAUCACACAGACAGUAGGGAGGAUAAACUGUCAGGGAGGAAAUAGGAAAGAAGAGGUAUUGCUGUCUAGGUUAAGACUGGGACAUACAGGGUUAAACUCAACACUGGCAAUUAUGGGGUUACAUGAGAAUGGAUUAUGUGACGUGUGUGGUGUAUCUGAAAAUGUAUGUCAUGUUUUAUUUAUUUGUAGUAAGUAUAAUAUUUUUCGGGGUGUAUUAUUCAGUCAUUUGGAAAAUGGAGAGGAUAGAAUGAAGAAUGAGGAUAUUCUAGGAAAAGGUUUAUUGAACAGACAGAUAUAUAGAGCACUAAUUGCGUUUAUAUAUGAUUCAGGUUUGGGUUUUAGAAUAUAAUAUGUCUGUAAAGUUGAACCCGCCAUGGGGGCUGAGUGUGGACGGAGGAGCUGAACACGCAGCGCCGGAUGAAACUCAAUGAAACGUCUAUUGCAGGUACUAUAAAUACUGGUGAUGUGUGUGGGAUGAUAUAGAUAGUUAGUCAAUGGUCCAUUGGUAGGAAGGAAGAGGAAACAGUUUUAAACUUCGGACUUAUCACCCAAGGUUAAUUUGCUAUCCAGUACAGUAGGUGGCGAUAAUGCUCCUUAGGAGUUAAUCGCCAUUAAGCAAGAAGAAGAAGAAGAAGCGUGUUGACAGUCACGUACGUUUUUGUGAGAUUUGAUCUCCGCUCGUGAUGUUUUCUUCGCUUUAAAUCAGAACUCCGAAGACCUGUGCAAUAAGAUUUUAGUUAAACGUUUAGAAGCUAAACUUUACAGUGUGGUUAUAUGUUUGCGGAGGUUUUAAUCGAGAAUUAGCAGUUUAGUUUUGAUCGGCAGCAGAAUAUCUAGCGAAGCUAGUUUUGGGGUUUGUCCUGCAGCCGUUCAGUUUUUGAGGAUGCCUCAGGAAUAUCAGGAGGCGGUGCCGGUCUUUAUCCGAUCGCAAGACACCCGGAGACAGGUCAGGGUGGUAUUCUGUAACCGCAGUCACCGCGUCGUGAAGCCGAUUUGGAUCAACUUUCGCGGGGAGCCGCAGCCCUACGAAGAUAUUCAGCCUUACACCGGGCGAAGAAUGACAACGUAUUUUGGACACCCAUGGAUAUUUCGGGAUGCAGAAACUGACGAUCCAAUGUUAGUGAAUAAAAAAAUGAUGUACUGUCUACCCUCCCUUCAAAAUAGACAUGACCACAUUGCCAACAUCACAUUGCCUGUCUUGACUCUUCGAGAGCGCGCUCUGCAAGUUGUGAGGCGGUUGGUGCGAAAAGAUGAUAUCUGUCGUUUGGAGAUAGCUCGCUGUCUACAAGAAGACCUUGCUCGGAGCCCCAGCCUUCACGACGAUUUACAACGCCUCAACCAGCAAGUACGACAAGAGAGCCUGGGAGAGUAAAACAUGAAAAUCUGAGCAUCCCAGUCGACAGCCCCGGUUAAAACUGACAAUAUGAUCUGGCGCUGUGAAAUACAGUGUUGACCAAUGACAAAGAAAGAACUUUGUAAAAUGCUGAUGCUGCAGCUGAGAGCAAUAUUUUGUUUUUGUUUUAUAGUUCUCUGUAUACUUUUACUUUUUCAACACUAACAUUAUUCAAAAAUCCUCUUUGCAAACAAAAAUAAAACUUAAUAGUGAAUACUCUAUAUAAAAUAUGUGUGUGAUG